CGCCACAUUCAGUGGUUGUUAUGAAAAAAUGAAAUCGACAUCAUGCGGGCCAGGUUUUUCGAGGAAAGCAGUGAAGGGAUCGAAGAUCAUGUCCAUCAAAUUGUGUCGAAACGCAAACGCCAUGAACACUCUUAUUCACUGCUUGAAUGAUAAAGAUUUCUAUGACGAAUACAAUCGCCCAGUUGAAGACGAGGAGGGUGGAAAUCGUUGCAAGGUGGCCAAGGAAAAAAUUCGGCAGCGUUUACGAGUCGCCAAAUACAAAUGUGGUGAAACUGAAUAUACCAACCUGAAAACAGUCGUGGAGGACUUUGGGAAUGAGUUCAUUACCUUCUUAUAUCCCGAAUCUGAUGAUCAAAGCUGCAUUAUUGACGUCAACACCCGACAGGCGCAGGAGGGGCGUGGCCAGUACGACUAUGAAGAAAUUGAUGGAUGGAUUGAUUUUGUAAUAAAACCUUUCAACCUCAGUGUAAUCGUUGGUUAUGUAUUCUAA